GGGGGGGCCAGGGGAGCGCUGCGGGGCCCCCCCCCACGCCUGGUGCCAGAGCUGGGGGACAGCACUGCGCUGUGGGGCCCUGGAGCUCUGCGCCCGCCGCGGCUGGGCCCCCGGCGCCAAGGAGGACAUGUGCGCUGACUGCCAGGAGGUCGUCACCCUGCUCCUCCGCAUGGCCAACGAGUCGGCCACCAAGGCGGCUGUGGAGGGAUUUCUGCGCCGGGAGUGCACGGCGCUGCCGGUGCCCACCAUGGUGGCCCCCUGCCAGAACCUGGUGCACGAGUAUGUCACCCUCCUCGUCACCCACCUGGAGGAACACCUCAAGCCCUCGGCCAUCUGCGCCCGGCUGGAGCUGUGCCCAGGGCAGCCGGGGGGGGUCCUGGCCGUGCCCCCCCACCUCGGGGCACCCAGCGCCCGCCCGCAGGGCGAGGACCUCCCCAUGCCGCUGCCGCUCUGCUGGCUGUGCCGCAACUUCAUCGGCCGCCUCGAAGCCUCCAUCCCCAAGGUGCCGAGGGUGGGCGGGACACAAAGGGGGGGGGGGGUCACGAAGCCGGGGCGACCCCACCCUGACGGCGGUGCCGCCCGCAGGAGGCGGCGGCGGCGGCGGUGUCGCGGUUGUGACCCGGAGCUGUCCCCGAAGCCAGGACCCUGCGCCCUGGGCCCGGCCUAUUGGUGCUCCAGCCCCGAGGCCGCCCGGCGCUGCAAGGCCCUGCGGUACUGCCAGGACCACGCCGGGCUGUAG